AUGGACACACUCGCUGCCCAGAGCGCCUCCACUGUAGACACAAGCUCCUGGUACCCAUCUCCUACCUUCCGUGGUACAUGGCAAAUCAUAUCCACCUGCAUUUCCACCCUCAUUAUCUGCAUUUGGAACGCUACCCAUAUCGACAUACCUCCUAACCGCCAAAUGCGGACCUUUCCCGAGAAAGUUCGGUGGCUGAUUGCGGGGCUGCUUGCUCCCGAUUGGCUUCUAUUGAGGGCCUUCGAUCAGCUUUGCUCAGCGCGGCAACUCUCAAAGUUUGCGGGCGAUUGCUUGGAGGUGGAACAAAUGAUGGCUGCCCCCACCUGGCGGGACAGGUUAUGGCGAUGCGUUGGCAGGGGUCCAAGAAAUAAACUUUCUUCUCGCUUGUCCGAAUUCUCCGCAGAAUUUGAGCAAAUCGUACAAUGGGCAGAAGAGGAACUUGAGAGUCGUAAGGUAGGUGAUGCGGACGCUGAUAGCGCUGCGAUGCAGUUCGGAUUCCUUCCCCGCAAGAAUGCCUGGACGCUCACUCACGGCUACUAUGCCGCCAUGGGCGGCUUCGUUCUCGAUUCUUCACCGACCCCGGUCUUUGGGACAGAGACACGGCUUGUCCUUACUCCGUGGAUGCUAGACUUUCUUAUGAAACGCGCCCCUAAUCUGAUCCCCGACCUCUCGGAGGACGACAUUCUGUGUCAGAGCAAGUCCGACGGGCUCGCGAAGGCGCUCCUCGUCGUGCAGCUACUCUACUUCGCUGUGUCCUGCAUUGCACGCCUCGCACAGUCGCUACCACUCAGCCUGCUCGAGGUCUGGACACUAGCGCAUGCGCUGGGCACGAUCUUCGUGUACGCCAUAUGGUGGAAGAAGCCGCUGAACAUCUCAAAGCCGACGGUGAUCACGGGGAUGAGAGCUCGCGAAUUCGCAGCCUACUUCCAAAUGAUCGGCACGCCGAGUAUUUCACGUUUAACGGGAAUUUGGAGUGCCACUGGCACGGCUGAGAUGGACUAUCUCGAGAUCAUUCCUUAUCAAUACGUAGAGGAUAGCGGAAUCGUCAGUUACGAGGGGCAGGAGACACUCACAAUGCUCCCCACGCAGUCUAUGCUAGUCUCAGAGGAUUACGCCUUUAGCAUCAAGGCCAACAUGGCACCCGACUCCAAGAAUCGCAACAUGUUCGGAAAGACCUUCUGUCCGUGGUACACAAAGGAGCGGGGAUCGAAUGGCAGCAUCACCCUAGGACGGGCCGACAUCGUGCGAUGGCGGCUCGCCGGAUGCGCUGCAGCACAAGUGGAUGGGUUCCCACAGCCUGAAUCCUCGGCUCGCUAUACGAAGAUAGGUGGAUUGGAAACAACUAGGCCAUUCUCCUUGUCCUCACGAUCUCGAGAAUCGAUCAUCCAGAUCACCCUCGUGACCACAUACGCGCUGCCACAUAUAUUGGGCUGGAACGCCGCCUUCCCGACUCCCGUCGAGCACGCGCUGUGGCGUCUCGCGUCCGUUAUGGCAGUGGCCUUCCCCACAGCUAUCGUCGGCGUCAGUGUUAUUGCGAAUAAUGCUCCGCCCGAUGCAGCUCAUGGAAGAGCAAUUUCACACAUGUUGCGUCCUCUCGCUGUUUUCACGAAUGCCAUACUUGGUUCCCUAUCUAUCAUACUGUACAUCUUAUCAAACGUGUACUUUCUUGUCGAGAGCCUCAGGCAGCUUUACUACCUUCCUGACGACGUAUCCCUACUUCCAAACCUUUCGAUUUACUUUCCUCAUUUUUCAUAA